AUUAAUCAAGUAACAUAUGUGACAUUUCAAAAAAUCAAACAAUCCUUUAAUGACCAAAAACAUAAAAAGCUAGUCGUUACAAAUCAGUAAAUCAUUAAAAGCCUACUUCACCAAAUCUUUUUUCUUCAUCACAAGAACAAGAAAAUGGAGAAAGCAAUUCUCAUAACGUUUCUCAUAGCCACCACAUCAAUGGUUUAUCAAACUCUCGCUCAAGAAGAAGAGAUCAGUCCAAUAUCUCCCGAAUCAUUUGCAUACGAACCCGUUGCAGCUUACGAGUACGACCACGAACUCCUAGACCACAUGACGACACAACGCAUCAAAUUUCUCCAAGAUUGUUCGGAUAAAAUGAGCUCGAAAUGCGGUGUUGAGAUGACGGAAGGAUUGAUCGACGACAAGCCCGUGUCGGAGAAUUGUUGUGUGAACUUUUUGAAGAUUGGAAGAGAUUGUCACGAAGGAUUGAUGACUUUUGUAUUCGCCACUUAUGAGCUAAAAGAUGCUGCUUCUGAGAUUCUUCCUAGGAGCAAACGGAUGUGGAACAAAUGUGUUGAGACCACUGCUGCUAAGAUUGGUGUUCCUCUCGCAUUUGAAACUUGAUUUUUAAGUUAAUGAUCACAAAAAGUUAUAUUUAUCCAAAUUAAACGGGUGACAAGUUU